AAUUAUUUAAAGUUGAUGCAAAUGAGUGCCAAGAAAGAGACAGAUGAGAUCCACCAGAAAGUUUUCGUUUUUUUUUGGGAGUGAAAAGCUAAAUCUAUAUGUUCAUUUUGCAUUAAUCGGCCCAAUAUCGCGUUCGGCUACCUAUUCCCUCCAAAUCAAGCCAAAUAAAACUGUGUCCACCAAUCCUUUAAAUCCCUUUGAUUCUAUCGAUUCUUCAAUCACCCCCAAAUGGGAUUCAUCCCCUUCUGAGUUUGAUUACAUACCCUUUGUUUCCAAUCGAAACUUGUGAAUGGCGAGGAAUAAACCCACCGCCGGCAUCGAAAUCAAGGUUCAUUCCCGUCAUGGGGAACACGAGGUUCAACCGGCGGCUGCCAGAUCACGGCCGUCGGGGACUUCUCCGACUGAAUUUGGUCAGUACCGGCCAUUUAAGAAGUGGGUUCCAUGGCUGGUGCCGGUUUUUGUGGUUGCUAAUUCCGUUAUGUUUACAAUUUCUAUGUAUGUUAAUGAUUGCCCCAAGAACUCUGCCUCUUGCGUUGGUAGGUUUUUGGGUAGGUUCUCAUUUCAGCCGCUUAAAGAGAAUCCCCUUCUUGGCCCUUCUUCUUCAACAUUAGAAAAGAUGGGUGCUCUGGAAGUUGAUAAAGUGGUUUAUGGGCACCAGCCAUGGAGAUUGAUCUCUUGUUUAUGGCUACAUGCAGGGGUGUUCCAUAUACUUGCUAACAUGUUGAGUCUUAUUUUCAUUGGGAUAAGGCUCGAGCAAGAAUUUGGCUUUGUUCGAAUUGGAAUGCUGUACAUUGUAUCUGGGUUUGGUGGCAGUUUGAUGUCAGCCCUGUUUAUCCAGUCGGGCAUCUCAGUAGGUGCUUCGGGUGCUCUUUUUGGUCUCUUAGGGGGCAUGUUGUCAGAGCUACUUACGAAUUGGACGAUAUAUGCAAAUAAGCUUGCAGCCUUGUUGACUCUCCUCUUCAUCAUUGUAAUCAAUUUGGCCGUUGGAGUGCUUCCACAUGUUGAUAAUUUUGCUCAUAUUGGAGGAUUUAUCUCAGGUUUUCUUCUGGGGUUUGUGUUUUUGGUACGUCCUCAGUUUGGGUGGGUUAGCCAACGUAAUGCACCUCGUGGAAAUAGAUCGACUUCAAAAUCUAAAUAUAAGCCAUACCAAUAUGUUCUGUGGGUUGUAUCUCUGGUGUUACUAAUUGCUGGGUUUGCAGUUGGUUUGGUCUUUCUGUUUAGAGGGGAAAAUAUGAAUGAUCGGUGUUCUUGGUGCCACUAUUUGAGCUGCAUUCCCACGUCAAAGUGGAGCUGCAACUCGCAGAAAUUCUCUUGCGAGACGAGUCAGUUGGGGAAUCAGCUAAACAUGACGUGCCUAAGCAACGGGAGAAGAGGCUCGUAUUCAUUAACCAACAGUAGCUCCUCAGAAGCAGAACAAAUAUGUUCUCAGCUCUGCAGUUGACUUAGCCUUUGAAUCGAUAUCUUUCCCGCUCCCGUUCACUUCUCUUCUGGUGAUUUCGUCAAUCAACCGUCUCUACUUCCCCUUGAUUUUUGUUGCCAAUGGUGGACUAAACAAUGGACAUUGUGAGACACUGUGGAUGUGCAUAAAUUUAAUAGAGGUAAAUGUACUUUGUUGAAGAUGAUGAUUGUGGAGAUUAGGGAGAGAUCCAUAUGUUCAUGUGAAGUGUUAAAAAGGAACAUGUGUUGCAUUUUAUUUAUAAUUUUAAUUUUUUUCAAUUUGAUUAAUCAAUUGUAUAAUUUAUCCUUUUGUAUAAUUUUAAAUUUUCAAAAUUGCGCCUAAUAGUGAUGGUUUAGAAUUGAAUUUUUCC